AUGCUGGAAGAUCAAGAUGAUACAUUUUGCCAAGAUAGGGCUUUGGGGUUAUUAGAUGCUGUGAGCACUGUACUACCUGAUGCUCAUUACAGGUAUUGUGCUAGACACAUUGAAGCCAACUGGUUAAAAAAAUGGAGGAGUGGGAAAAUGAGGAAGUUGAUGUGGUGGUGUGCUUGGAGUACUUAUGAAGAAGAGUUUAAAGAUCAGUUGUUGAAUCUUGGGGGGAUGUCAGAGGAUGCUGCAAGGGACUUGAUCAACUAUCCACCAAAGACAUGGUGUAGAGCCUACUUUGAUACACAAUGUAAAAAUCUAAUGGUGGAUAACAAUUUUACUGAGUCCUUCAAUGCAUGGACUCUAGAUGCUAGACAUAUGCCAAUUAUCAAGAUGUUGGAGAACACAAGGAUCAAGGUAAUGGAAAGGCUUGCAGACUAUGAAGGCAAAGCAAUGAGCUGGAAUGACAAUUUCAGUCCACCAUGUAUGAAACUAUACCAUGACUAUAGGGCAAUAUCACAUGCUUGCACUUUGAACUUUAAUGGAGAUAAUGACUAUGAAAUAACAGAAGGUAAAGACAAACAUACAGUGAAUCUUGAGAAGAAGAGAUGUACCUGUAGGUUGAGAGAUUUAUCUGGAAUUCCUUGUCCCCAUGCUAUUAAGGCAUUGAUGCAUGAGAAGAUUGAACUAAUGACACAAAAACACUGGUGGUAUAGUAAGGAGGCUUACUUGCUAACAUACAAGUACAAAAUUCAGCCUGUUAGAGAGGUGCAAUUCUGGAAAGUUCUGCGUAGUCAGGACAUGGAGCCACCUGAAUUGUCAAGAUGGUUGGAAGACCCAAAGUAA